AUGGACGGCAUCCAAUUGGCGCCCGCCUGGUUUGGCGCGCCGAUACCAGACGUCACAGGACGUGAUGAGGCUAUUGCCGCCGGCGCUGAGCUGGAGGAACUUGGCAUCAAGAGCGAUCCAGACUCAGACGCCGACGACAGCGACGCAGAUCGCGAUCCUGAUCCGUAUAACCCACUUUCCAGCGAGGCGCGCAAAGCAGCACGUGCUGCCACCAAGACCCCGAGAGUCACUGGCGGUAUCGCAGCCAUCGCGAAGCCAAUUCGAGCGGAGUACGACUCCGAUGAUGGCCGCAUCAUCGAACUCAAGCAGCAAGGCUACGCGGACGUCUAUGUGGCAAACAAGCUGAAAGAAGAAGGCCGUAUGCGAUAUGAGCCCAAGACAGUGGGCAGCAGAUGGCUGCGUCUGCGCAAGCUCCUGGAGCGCAUCGAGAACGAGAGACUGGACGAUGAGUUGAGUGAUUGGCACGAAGGAGAGGACGACAAGCUACACGAAGUUUGCGAGGCGGUCGAGAAGCGAUAUGUCACGCUCCGCGAGAAUCUCGAGAAGAAGAAGUGGGAGGACAUCCAGUCACACAUGGCAGACAAGCUCGGUCGCAAGAAGUACACCGCCAAUGCCUGCAAGGAGAGAUACGAUGAUCUUCGUGCGGGCACAGCUCUGCUACCCAUCGAGCUCGACCGUGACCAAGCUGGACGUCGCAAGCUGCGGGAGGAUCGCAUUGCAGCUGCUAAGCAAGCACGUGCCGAUGCCGAAGCUGAGGUCCGUCGCGUGGAUGAGGAGAAGAAAGAGCGUGCAAAUCAGAAGAAGCGUGAGCAGGCAGAGUCCAACCAGAGACGUGUCGCAGAGGCACUUCGCAAGGCCUCCGAGCGCAAGGAGCGUGCCCGCAUCAAGCAAGAGCGGGAGAUCAAUCGCGCUCGUUUGCGUGAUCGUCGCAAGGCAGUUCUUGCCAUGAUGCGCGCUGAGCGUGAGUGGGAGACUGCUCGCAACCGUGCUGAGAAGAAGCUUUACCAAAAGCUUACUGGCGUCGAUAUUGAUGGCAUGCCAAUCCGCACCCGUCGCCAGAGCAAGUACGAGCCCGAGGAGGACGAAGCCAUCGACGAGUUCGAGAGCGACGACGAGGACGAAGAAGAGCCAGAGCUCACCGACGCCGAGAGUGACGAGGACGAAGACCAGAUCCACCUCAACGACAGCGGCAGCGAAGCAGACGACGAGCAACUCGUCCAAGUCUCCUCUCGCAAAACCAACAAGCGCACCCCACGCCGCUCAACCAGAAAGAGCGCAUCCAAAGCCCCCAUCAUCGACUCCCCCAACACCUCCCCAAUCACCCCACAACAAGAAACCGCCACAGUGCGCAUCGAAGUCACCGAAGACACCCUCAUCAACCCGCGCUCCAUCAUGUCCGACAACGAACUCGACCUCCUCCUCCACAAGCGCUCCCUCCCCAAGCGCGACUACGCCGCCGGCGAAAGCCACGCAGAAGUCGUCGCCUACCUGGCGUACUGCGACUCACAGCUCACCACCACGGAACUCGACAACCUCCUAUCCCGCUUCUACCUUAAGAAGAAGGGAAAGAAGAGUGAGAAGAUUUUGCUGCUGCAGGAGGCUGAUGCUAAGGCUUCGCAUAAGGGGAGCAUGGGGUUGAGUAGUGUUGAUCAGGAGUUUAUUGAGGGGUAUGGUGGGUAUGCGGAGCAUGGGUUUGAGCAUUUGGUGCAGAUGGCGGAGGAGGAUGAGAAUGAGGAGAUGCAGGGGGUUGAGGAGGAGUAUGGGGAGGAGGUUGGAGGGGGUAGGAAUGAUUCGAUUAUGGAGUGA